AUGGGCAUGGAAAUCAACACAAUACAAAGGUUCAGAAGCUCACUGAAUUGUUCGGAAGAAAAGCCUGACAGGGAGUACAAUAGCCUUCCUCAUCCGUUAUCCCCAGAAAAAGACGAAAACAUGCAAUUAAAGGAUUUGGCCCCCAGCAACCUACCCACAAAGGAGCAGCACAGGCUGUUUUAUGGGGCAAUCUCAGCCGUCUGCCUGGGCACAGGAGGAGUAAGAGCCACUGUGUGUCUGCCAGGAGCUUACAGCCUUCAGGACAAUGGAUCAUAGAAACAAAUGACUUUAUUUAACGGAGAGGUAGCAAGACCUGCAGAUAUUCCCUCCACUCGUUCACUUCCUGAAUGCCCAGAACAAGUUGCAGAAGCCAUGAGUCCAGAAUGCGUUCUGGUCUCCCACAGCAUCCCAACGAUCAUGCUAAGUAGUACAGACGAGAAGUCUCAGGCACAGAGAGCAUUACUUCCGAGUAAAGCUGCCAAAUUUUCUCAUCACAACGGAGAUGUAACAAGCUGGUUAGACCACGCCAAGGGAAAAAAAAAAAAAGGUGGCCAUUACAGUGUGCUCCACAUGGAACACACAAAAUGUUUCUUCACCUUCUUCCCUCUCCUUUAUUACUGGAAAUCUGCUGCACUGUCUGUGAUGGUUGCUGGCUUUGCUGAGACACACCAGAAACGCUUCCCUCCUAGGGAGAAACACCUUUCAGGCAAAAUUGUCAUGAUUUCCUCCAUGCCCUGCAUCCAUCUGGUUCUUCAGGAUGCCUUUGUUGGAGUGGCUGAAACUCUGGUAAACCUUGCCUUUUCUAUGAUAUCGUCCAGAUAUGUUCCCAACACCAUCAGAAAACUUUCUAUGAAUGUUUCGACCCUACUCAAUGGAGUUGGUUGUUUAACAGGUGCACCUGUGAAGCUGGUUUAUCUCAUUUCAGAAGGCAAUUGGUUUCCAAACACAUUAAACAAAAGCAAUUUAGGAACCCUCCUCUUGGUGUCAUUAACGUUGCUGAAUGUCCUGGGACUGGAGUUUUCACUCAGAUAUUGUAAUCUAAAUCAUUUUAAUGCCCAGAACAUCCGUGGAAGUAAUCCUGAAGAAAUGCUUCUUCUGCAUGAGAAGUCUCCGAAACUUUAUGGCAGUCUGCAGGAAUUCUCAGCAAGUAUUGAUCCCUGGGAGAUGGUCCUAUGA